UGCGGUCGCGAACCCGUCCAACAUGUUGAGGAAGUGCGUCGGGCGCGCGUAGGGCGGCUCGCCCGAUCGUCUGCGCCCGGGGGACGGAACCCUUGGCCCGGUUCGUGGCGGCUUGGCGACACUGACUCAGCGCCGUGGCCAAGCGCCCCUCCGCCUCUCCCAAAGUGAGACAAAUGCUUGCCGACUGCAGGACAAAGUCGGACCCGUCCUGCUGACUUUUGGACCUCAUGCCCCGACACAAUUUUUUUUUUGCGGGAUUUGACACUCUUCUGGCGUCGUUGCGGAUUUUAACUGUGGCUCGGAAUCGUCGUCGGAUCGGAACCUGGUCGUCGAGUUCUAUCUUUUUUAAAGGAGGGGGGGAUGCGGUAGAGGAAGGGCUGCGUCCCCAUUCGGACUGGCGCUCAAGCGGCGGCUCUCAGUGAGCGAGGCCUGCAGGUCGGGCUUUUAGCGGGCUCGAGUAGAGCCCUCGGUCGCCUGGGAGGCUGCGCGGAUCGGCUCUGAUCGCCGCCCCCUGUUGGCGCCAGGCGCGAUGGAGCGGAUGGAAGUAGACCAGUGCGCAGGCGCAGCUGCCGGGGGUCUACGCAGGUCCAUCAGCGCCCCCAUGAUUACAAGUGUCAGUGAACGGAUGGCGGCUUCCAGUCCUGUGUUCUCGCUGCGACAAAGGCGAGUUUCUGUCAACUGCAGCUGUCCGUCACAGGAGGACAACAUGGAGGCAUUACUCCAAGGGACCCCAUCUCACAGACUCAGAGUUCCCCGUCAGUUUCCGGCUCCGUCUGACAGCCAUUGGCAACAGCAGCCGCCGGCUGAGUGGUUCGGCUGCCAGGAAAGCGGCGUGACGCCAAACUCCUCGCCGAGUCCCUCUAGGAGCAGAGCCGGGGGCGGAGCCAGCAUCAGAUGGCCCGCCUUAACGCCGCUCAAACGAAAAGGAGGGGCAGAGUCAGACGGUCCCCCCAAGAAACUUUUUGUGACUGGAGUGUUAGACCCCGCCCACCACAGCAGAUAUGCACUCAGCGCCUCGGCUGCAGACUCCGCCGCCAGUGGAGGUCCUCAGUUAUCCCCACCCAAUUUCACCGCCCACUCGAAACGUUGAGUCCACCCUCACCGCCACGCAAGUCCCACUGCGGUGACGACGAGGUCCAGUUAGGUGGGCGGACUGAGCCAAUUUGGGAGCGCCUUCGGGCUCAGUCGCCAUCUUGAGUCGGAUUCCAAAUUCUGUGAAUUUUUCCAGUUUGGAAUGUUUCCAAAGCACCCCAGUUUCCCUUUCCACCACAAAUCGUGACCAGGAGGUCCGAUUUUUGUAUGCUGCAACCUGAUUGCUUGACAAUGGCCUGGUCGCAGCGGGAGUGGCGGCAUUUUGAUUUUGGGGUUUCCCACGAGAGUGUUACUGUGGACAGCAACGGUUCUCAAACUUUAUGGGACCAGGAACAUUUAUGGGCUGAUUUUGUUUUCACCAAUUCACCAAACAUAACUUUUUUGUGUACCUCCCACUACCCACCCCAAAAAACAAGUCAUUGUUUUUAAGAGCAAAGUAAAGUUGGGCUAAGAGUUUAAAAUUGUCUCCUUUCA